AAGUUCAGUAAUUGACGAUGGCGUUGCUAUCGAGCGGAAUGAAAGUCCUAACGUUGGACAACAUGAAUCCUUGCAUCAAGACGAUGGAGUAUGCGGUUCGUGGACCUUUGGUGAUCCGUGCUGUGGAAAUUGAAAAAGAACUCCAAGCAGGGAAAGAGAAACCGUUCAAGGACGUCAUCAGGGCCAAUAUUGGUGAUGCGCACGCGAUGGGGCAGAAACCGAUCACGUUUCUGAGGCAGGUAGUUUCGGCAUGCGUGAAUCCUGAGAUCUUAGAGGAUCCGAAAACUCCGGCCGACGUUAAAGACCGCGUUAGCCGCAUUCUGAAGGCCUGCAAAGGAGGGAGCGCUGGUUCCUAUUCCGAUUCUCCUGGGAUUGAAGUCAUUCGUCGAGAUGUUGCGGAAUAUAUAAAAAACCGGGAUGGUGGAAUUGAGUCCAAUUGGGAGAAUGUUAUUCUGUGUGGUGGGGCCUCCGACGGGAUCCGAGGAAUCAUGAAGCUGUUGAACGUAGUCGGAGCGGAUGGGAAGAAGCCUGGGAUCAUGAUCCCGAUCCCGCAGUAUCCUUUGUACACGGCUUCUAUCGCCGAAUUCGACAUGGCGCCGGUGAAUUUU